CUUUGUCGGUCAUUUAAAGUUUGUUUUGGAACAUUGGGUUUUCAGAUAAAUUUUUCAGUUUUCCGUUUGCGCUUAUGCUUCGGGUAUUGUGCACGCGCGGCAUUAAGAGGACCAGUUUGUUAAUUCGCUUUUAAAUUCCAUCAUACGUAUUAUCAUGGCUUACGCUUUGGUUUUUGAAUGGAUGGAUGAAUUUGAGUCUUUAACAGAAAGCGAAAUACAUACAUAUUCAACCGAACAAGAACAUAACUACGAAGUAAUGGUAGCUCUCUAUAAUGUCCUUACGGAACCGCACAAAUACAAAUCGGAUAAUUUAAUAGACGGAGUCUGUCAGCAGCUAUUAAAUUUUUACAGAUCCGGCGAGCCUCAUUUACGAAAAUUUGCCAUUCAGUAUAUACCGGUGCUUGUAUUCCUACACUUAUCAGACAGAUCAUUUUCUGCUGUUCAAACAUUAUUAGUUAGCUUGUAUAACCUUGAGGUUGUAGAUUCCAAGGGUCAACCGCGUACAUUGUCCUUUAGAAUACCCAGCAUAGUGCAGUCCUCCAUUUAUCAUGAUUCUAGUACACUAGAACCCGCAUUCAUUGCAGAAAGUUCUUUACGCAGGUGGGAGGAGUGUAAUACAAAAUUAGUGAACUGGGGGCCCCUGCCUCAGGUGGACUGUCUAAAUGCACAGAACAGGCAGAGAGUCGUUACUGCCUUGUUAUUCCUUUACAAUCAGCAAAUUGCAAAUGUUGUCACUCAGGGCAUUGAGUUCACUUGCAGGGGUAUUUCUAGGUUAGUAACUCAAGGAUUUAACUGUAGUAGUUCGGGCAGCGCGAGGAGUUCCAUUACUAGUGCUAGCGAGUGUAGCUUCCAACAGCCAUUAAGUAUUCUUCCACGAAUUCAAGUUUCAAGCCCGUUACUGAUUGAACUGUUGCACAUAGUUUACCAUGGGGCCGAACGAUGUGCAAGUGGAGCAGUGCAAGCUCUUCACGAUAUUAUUUUAAGAGCUACGUAUGAAACAUAUUCAGAGGUCUUAUUAACGGGUAGUGCUAUUAAAAAUCUGUUGGAAAGUUCUCCGACAGUGUCUGUGGCCCCUAAACCCUCUCAUACCCACAGCAUAUCCAAAUCAAUGAUAACAAAUGCAUCAUUCAGGACGAAAAAACUGCCAGAUGAUAUUCCGAUUCAAGACAAUCAGCAGCAGCAGCAGCAAGAAGUGCCGUUGGAUUCGAUCACGGAAGAGCAAGAAGAUAUAGACAAAGGGAAAAGCAAAGGAUCUGCACUGAAGCAUUUGCCUAAACUUCCCGGCCUGUCGAAAAAACAUAAAAAGAGCGUGCCUCAGGGGGAGCAGCCAGUUGAACUAACAUCCAUAAACGACGGUCUGACGGAUUUACCGGGCAAUGACACGAAUUACCAUUCGGUGCAUGUUAGUGCAGUCUGA